GCGACCAACCUCUGGACGCCGCUCCCUGUCCCCAUUGGCCGCCGUUGGCUAAUUCUCGCUCCAUAAACCUCGGAGCGGAGCAGCGCGCGUGCUUCUUUAAGAAGCGGGGAGGACGAGCUGGCCCCGUCCGCGUCCCUCGUGCCCAGCAGCAGCGGGCAACGGCUGCCAAGGUUAAUAAUGUAUGUGGAUUAAAACAAGCGACUGUUGAUGAGUGAACUAGCUGACAAGAAGGCAGGCAGACUGGAAGGGGGCAGCUGCCAAUGCGCCAAGGAGGGCCAGCGGCUCAGCUGGAAGCAUGGAGGAAAGGAGUAAUGAAAAGACGAACCAGGCCCAUGUCCUCUUUGACCGAUUUGUCCAGGCCUCGACCUGCAAAGGGACUCUCAAAGCCUUCCAGGAGCUCUGUGAUUUUCUAGAGCUGAAGCCCAAAGACUAUCGUACUUUCUACCACAAGCUCAAGUCCAAGCUUAAUUACUGGAAAGCCAAAGCCCUUUGGGCCAAGUUGGAUAAGAGAGGCUGCCACAAGGACUACAAGAAGGGGAAAGUAUGCGCCAACACGAAGUGUCUCAUCAUUGGGGCUGGACCCUGCGGCCUUCGAACAGCUAUUGACCUAUCCUUUCUAGGAGCAAAGGUGGUGGUGAUAGAAAAGCGCGAUGCCUUCUCCCGCAACAAUGUUCUGCAUCUGUGGCCAUUUACCAUACAUGACUUGCGGGGCCUUGGCGCCAAAAAAUUCUAUGGCAAAUUCUGUGCAGGAGCCAUCGACCAUAUCAGUAUUCGUCAGCUCCAGCUGAUACUCUUGAAGGUCUCCUUAAUCCUGGGUGUUGAGAUCCAUGUCAAUGUCGAAUUCCAGGGGCUGCUCUACCCUCCUGAGGACCAGGAGAAUGAGAGAAUAGGUUGGCGUGCACAAGUUCACCCGAAAACGCAUCCUGUGUCGGAAUACGAGUUUGAUGUGAUCAUUGGAGGAGAUGGAAGGAGGAACACAUUGGAAGGGUUUCGACGAAAAGAAUUCCGUGGCAAGCUGGCAAUUGCCAUUACGGCAAACUUCAUCAACCGCAACACAACAGCGGAAGCCAAAGUUGAAGAGAUAAGUGGUGUGGCCUUUAUAUUCAACCAGAAAUUCUUCCAGGAUCUACGAGAAGCUACAGGCAUUGAUCUGGAGAACAUUGUCUACUACAAAGACGACACCCACUACUUUGUUAUGACUGCCAAAAAGCAGAGCUUACUGGAAAAAGGAGUGAUAUUGCACGACUAUGCAGAUACAGAGCUCCUUCUUUCGCGGGAGAAUGUGGAUCAGGAAGCUUUGCUCAAUUAUGCCAGGGAAGCAGCUGACUUCUCAACCAAUCAGCAGCUGCCAUCGCUGGACUUCGCUAUCAACCACUAUGGGCAGCCUGAUGUGGCCAUGUUUGACUUCACAUGCAUGUAUGCCUCAGAGAACGCAGCCAUGGUUCGAGAAGUAAAUGGCCACCAGUUGCUAGUGGCACUGGUUGGGGACAGUCUGUUAGAGCCGUUCUGGCCAAUGGGAACUGGAAUUGCCAGGGGCUUCCUUGCCGCCAUGGAUUCUGCCUGGAUGGUACGAAGCUGGUCUCUGGGAACAAGUCCUUUGGAGGUUCUUGCAGAGAGGGAGAGCAUCUAUAGAUUAUUGCCUCAGACCACCCCUGAGAAUGUGAGCAAAAACUUUAGCCAGUACUGCAUUGACCCUGUCACAAGGUAUCCAAACAUCAAUGUCAACUUCCUGCGGCCAGCCCAGGUUCGUCAUUUGUAUGAUACAGGAGACUUGAAAGACAUUCACCUGGAAAUAGAGAAUUUGGUGAACUCCAGGACACCAAAGUUGUCGCGGAAUGAGUCGGUGGCUCGCUCUAGCAAACUCCUGGGCUGGUGUCAGAGGCAGACGGAUGGAUAUGCCGGUGUAAACGUAACAGAUCUUACAAUGUCUUGGAAGAGUGGCCUAGCACUGUGUGCCAUUAUCCACCGAUAUCGCCCUGACCUCAUAGACUUUGACUCUCUAGAUGAACACAAUGUAGAGAAGAAUAACCAGCUGGCAUUUGACGUUGCUGAGAAGGAGUUUGGGAUCUCUCCCAUCAUGACUGGCAAAGAUAUGGCAUCAGUUGGUGAACCAGACAAGCUGUCCAUGGUCAUGUAUCUCACCCAGUUCUAUGAAAUGUUCAAGGACUCCCUUCCUUCUGGUGAUAACCUGGAACUGAAUGCAGAAGAAAAAGCUGCAUUAAUUGCUACUGCAAAAUCUCCAAUCUCCUUCUUCAGCAAAUUGGGGCAGAGCAUCUCUCGGAAACGGACACCAAAGGAUAAAAAGGAGAAAGACCUGGAUGGUGCAGGAAAGAGGAGGAAGACAAGCCAGUCAGAAGAUGAGGACUCUUCCCGAAGCUACCGAGAAGAGAGGCCCACUCUGGUGAGCGCCCUGACAGAGAGGAGAAUUGAUGCCGCCAUUGGGAAUCAGAAUAAAGUGAAGUCCAUGGCAACACAGCUGCUGGCCAAAUUUGAGGAGAACGCCCCUGCACAGUCCACAGGCAUCCGGAGACAGUCUGCCCAGCCUUAUCAAGACCGUGCUCUCACCCAGCCAGCCUACCGACAGCGAGAGCAGGGCCGCUUUGCCCCCAUGCCUCAGUGGAAACAGAUGAGGAAAAAGGAGCGUUCUCGGACCUGCCCCAAAAAAGUGAUCAUGCUCUCUUCUUCCUCCAUUUGCACUUCCUCUCCAUCGUACCCCAGUCAGCAGGCAAACAGGGAACCUCAUGGAGAACCAGCUGGAGAGCAGAGUCCCAGGCAGCAGCGGAGACCUCACCAGUUCUUUUCAGAUGACCGUGUGCCAGAGCGCACGCUUACCAUUGAGCAGAGGGCAAGCCAGCUGGCUGCCCUCCUGGAGCAAAGGCCAGCAACCAGGCAUCAGCCAGAGAUUGAGCGAUCUCGUCGAUCUGUUGUUGAGCAGUGGGAGCUCUCCCGCAGCCUACGCUCUUCCAGUCGCCCUUCUUCUCCCUCUUCUGACUCCCUCAGACAGAAGUAUAUAAAGAUGUAUACAGGUGGCGUGAGCUCAUUGGCUGAGCAAAUAGCCAAUCAGCUUCAAAGGAAAGACCAACCCAAAACCCUUCUAGACAAGAAGGAACUGGGUUCCUUGAAAAAAGAAUUCCCUCCGAAUGUGGGAGGCAGUGAUGUCUGCUACUUCUGCCACAAGCGUGUCUAUGUGAUGGAAAGGCUGAGUGCUGAAGGCAAAUUCUUCCACCGCAGCUGCUUUAAAUGUGAAUACUGUGCUACAACCCUGCGCUUGUCCUCUUAUGCCUAUGACCUGGUGGAUGGAAAAUUCUACUGCAAGCCUCACUACUGUUACAGACUUUCAGGUUAUGCACAGAGGAAGAGACCGGCAGUGGGCCCUCUGUCAGGAAAGGACAGCAAAGGGACCCAGCAGGACAACAUGGCGGCUGACGGUGCAGGACGUGCAAACUCCAUCUCAACUUCGUCAGAGAGGACUCCAGUUCCCAGUGUAAAUGGUGUAGAGGAACCCAGUAUUGCAAAGAGACUUCGUGGCACACCGGAGCGGAUUGAACUGGAGAAUUACCGUCUCUCGGUACAACGGGAAGAGGAAUUGGAAGAAGUCCCUGAGGAGACCUUGGCAGAGCACAACCUGAGCAGCGUGCUAGACAAAGGAACAGAAGAGGAUGUACCCAGCAGUAGUUCAGAAUCUGAGAUGGAAGAAGAAGAGGAGGAAGAAGAACAACCACAGCAGCCCACUUCUGACCUGGGUGGUGUGCCUUGGAAAGAGGCUGUGCGGAUACAUGCCAUACUGAAGGGCAAGAGUGAGGAAGAGCUGGACACAGAGAAGAAUCAUGACAAUGAAGCAGAGGAGGAAGAGGAAGAAGAAGAGGAGGAGGAGGAGGAGGGAGAAGAAGAGGAAGAAGUCUCUAGUGAAGAGGGAGAGUAUUACCCUUGGGAGAGAGAACUUCAGCAAGGCCUCUGGCUUCAACGUCUCUCAAAUGAAGAGGACACGGGUACAUUUAAAGCUGGAAACCUGAGGCUGCAGCAGAUAGUAAAUCCGAUUGAUCCCCUGGAGAUCUUGGCAGAUGUGCAUUGGACACACAUCCGUCAGAAAGAGGAGGAGGAAAAACUGGGCCCUACUUCUAAGUCCUCCACCUCCAGAGCAUCGGACCUUCCCUCCAUACGCCACGAGGCAGUGCAGGCGUGGCUGGAAGCAGUCCCAGGAGCCCUGUGUGAGCAGAACGACUAUGAAGAUGAGGCAGGCAGCGAGCCUGCAGAAGCUAUUGAAGAUGGGGACACCGGUGCAGAGUUGGAUGAUGAUGACAUCCCAUCUGAUGCAGAAGCAGAGUGCCGCUUGCAUCAAGAAGAGGCAGGAGAACUGGAGCUGAAAGUCUCUGAAAAAGAAGAAGAAGCAGAAGAAGAGACAGCUGCCCCUUCCGUUGAGACAGAAGACCCUUGCAAGCUCUGUCUGCCUGAUCAGUCACCGUGUGAGAGGGCUGCUCUGCCUACUCCAGCUGAAAACCACAAGGAAGAAGAAAAAGAAGACUCAAAGGAACUUCUUGCAACAGUGCCCUGCAAAAAUGAAUCCCCAGAUGUACGGUUUUUCCCUGAACCGUUCCUUCCAGGAGAGGAGGCACAAGUCAAGAUCUCUGAUGACCAAAAAGUCAAAAGCCCACCUGUACCACUCUCUCCAAUACGGUCCCAGCCAGUUGCAAUGCCUGAGACCAUCACACCAACAUCACCUGUGAAAUCGCAGCCAGCAACUCCUGCAGCACCUGCAUCUCCACCUGCCACCCCCUUGCCUAUUUGUUCACAGCCUUUACCCUCUGGUGAAGCAUCCAUUCAAUCUCCAGGGGAACCUGUGUGUUUCCAACCAGUACCAGCCUUAACUUCCACUCCUUUGGCCAAGCUUGCCCUAAAAAAUCAAGAUGGAGAGAUGGAAAAAUUGGGGAGCCCUACCACAGCAGAAGAAGCUUUGAAAAGGAAUAACCUUGUGGAGGAGUUCUGGAUGAAGAGUGCUGAAAUCCGGAGGAGUUUGGGUCUCACACCUGUGAACAGAAGCAGGGGACCAGAGCCAAGCUUUACCAUUUCCCCCCUUGAGUCUGCCCCCCUCAAAACAUACACUCCCGAGCGUAUUUCAGAAGAGAAGGGGAUCCACAUUGUAAAACCUCAGUCAGCCCCAAAGAUGCCAGUCACAGCAAAGCUAGACAGUGAGCAGUUUUCUUUGCUGACUCCAAAAUCCCCAUCAGAGAGAGAGCUGAAAAAUUUGAGUGAUGUUAAGAGAGAGCUGUCCAGCAGUUCUGGACUGGGUCUUCAGGGUAGUUCAUCAAACAUGAGAACAUUGGCCAGCCAGAGUUUCAACACUUCUGAUUCCACCAUGCUGACUCCUCCAUCCAGCCCUCCUCCUCCUCCACCUCAAAACGAAGAGCCAGCAACACUGCGAAGAAAAAGGCACCAGGCAACUUGGCAGAACGAGGCUGAGUCUAAGCCAGCUUCUAUGCAAACACCUCACCCGCCACCAGCAGCCAUAGAAAGGAUCCGGCCAGCCAGGGAGCCAUCCCAGCCCUCCAGAGAGGAGGUGCGGAAAUCAUUUGUAGAGAGUGUGGAUGAGAUACCAUUUGCUGAUGAUGUGGAGGACACUUACGAUGAGAGGACUGAGGAUUCGAGCAUCCAUGAAAAAUAUUACACGCCCCCCAGUAGGCCGAGGCCAGAGAAGCCUCUUCACCUACAUUAUGUUAAAGAGAAUGGUGGGCCGCCAUCAAUGGAAGGGGGAAGCCAGCAAAAGAGGGGCCUCCCUCAAGUCUCUGCAGAAGCGAAGGAGCUAGCGGAGGAAAGAAUGAGAGCCAGAGAGAAGUCCAUCAAGAGUCAGGCCUUACGCGAUGCCAUGGCUAAGCAGCUAUGCAAGAUGAAAGAGCUGGAGAUGGCCAAUGCUGCUGGUGCCGCCAAGUUGCACAAGGCAUCUACCAUGCCUUCAAAGACCAAAGAGCUGUAUUUUGAAUCCCAGAAGCAUUUGGGUAUGAAAGCUGGUGAAGGCCCCACGCUGAAACACGAGGCUAGUGGUGACAGGUUCUUUUCACCCUUUGCAGACACCAGUGGGCAUGAUGGGUCAGUCACAUCCUCUGAAGGCUCUGGAGGGAAGAGUAAGAAAAGGACUUCUCUCUUCUCCCCCCGCAAGAACAAAAAGGAGAAGAAGUCCAAGAAUGACAGCAAGCUCUCUGACAAAUCCAGCAGUGCAGCUGAAGAAGCCACAAAGCCCAAAUCACUGUGGAAGUCUGUGUUCUCUGGCUAUAAGAAAGACAAGAAGAAAAAGACAGAUGACAAAUCCUGCCCUAGUACACCUUCCAGUGGGGCCACAGUGGAUUCUGGGAAGCAUAAGGCGUCUCCACUAGUUAGAGCAGCAGAUUUGCAACUACGUCGACACUUAAGCUUCUCUGAGGACUCUGACCUCUCCAACGAUGACGUCUUAGAGCGCUCUUCACAGAGAUCCAAGCGAGAGUCGAUUUACGUCCCACACGCCUUGGCAUUCAAGAGAUCAUACGCAUCAAAGAAAGCAUACACAGAGGAUGAGCUCAACGCCAAACUGACCAGGCGGGUGCAGAAAGCUGCUCGCCGUCAAGCCAAGCAGGAGGAGCUGAAGAGGUUACACAGGGCUCAGAUUAUCCAACGACAGCUGGAGCAAGUAGAAGAGAAGCAAAGGCAGCUGGAGGAGAGGGGAGUUGCUGUUGAGAAGGCUCUUAGGGGAGAAGCAGACUAUUGGGGAGAGUCUUAUUACAGUGACCUCAUCGACUUGCACCUGGGUGUUGAGCCCAAUGCCGGGACACCACGCCGUAGACCUCUCUCCUUCUGCCCUUGCUGUGCCCAUGAAGAAACCCUCUAUAACAACCUUGUUAUGAAGUGUGUCUGGCAGGAUCGUAAAGGCAUGGGGAAGAAGGACGACCCCAAGCUGAUGCAGGAGUGGUUCAAGCUGGUGCAAGAGAAGAAUGCCUUAGUGCGCUAUGAGUCGGAGCUCAUGAUAUUCGCUCGGGAGUUGGAGUUGGAGGACAGGCAAAGCCGACUGCAGCAAGAACUUCGGGAGAGGAUGGCAGUGGAAGAUCACCUAAAGACAGAUGAAGAGUUGUCAGAAGAGAAACGGAUCCUGAAUGAAAUGCUAGAGGUGGUGGAACAGAGAGAUUCUCUUGUGGCCCUCCUCGAAGAGCAGCGACUCCGGGAGAAGGAAGAAGACAAGGACCUAGAGGCAGUCAUGCUGUCCAAGGGAUUCAACUUAAACUGGUCCUGAGCUUAGCAGCGCACUCGUCUGCCGAUCUGUGUUGUCCAGUUGGCAUGUGCCAAGUUGGCUGGAGCUGCCUGGGUGGAGGAAAUACCUUGGCAUAGAAACCUCUUGAGGGUUCUUGCAGCACCUGAGUGCUUCUUCCUGAGGGGGGGUUGGAUCGCAAAGUGCUGAGGCCUGUAUGAGGCCUGCAAACCCCAAGCCUGAGGUGGUCAGAUGAGGUUGUGUGCCUUCCUCAAGGACCUGUGUAAAGAGGCCAUUGAGUUUUUGUGAUCUCUGAGAGAGACUAAAAAAUGAGAUGAAAACAUUUUAUUAAAAAAAAAA